CCACCAGCGCUUGCCGGCCCACACAUGCAGCUCAGCGUACAGGCUCGCUGGCCAGUGGCCACGCUCCUCCCCCGUUCGCCUCAGCAUCACGCAGUCCCGCCGCCCAACCACGCUUGCCGGUGCAGAGGGCGCUGAAUCGCCGCACCUCGGCCACGUGCCUCCCGCUGCGCCCGCCGCUCCACCUCCUGCCAACGCCCGCCGCUCCCGUCCCACCACGCCUGCUAGCGCAGUGCCUCCCGUAGUCCCGCUACUCGGCGUGCUUACUCAACCGCCGCAUCUUGGCACCUCAUUGUAUGCCUUCUCGACUGCCUAGGCCAAUGAAUGCUACCGUUCUUGCCAUGGUGGAGGCGUUCUUGGCAUUCACUUGCAGCAUUCACAUUCACAUAAACUCCACCCCCAUUAGUCAUUCUAUUAUUCCAUCCCCAAGCCUAUAUCCCGAAGGACCAAAGAUCUCCCCGCUUCUGGUGAACCAAAUUCAUGUAGUCCGUGUAGAGGGAGGGGACAGCUUCCUGAUCAAAGCAAAAAGUUCACAUAAAUUGAUUUCGCUUCUAGAUGUAGCAGCAACAUUGGCCUUCUUGACAAAUUCAGACUCUGUGCCUAUACAAUCUACUCAACCAUCAAUUAGCACACAACCAGUUGCUACCGAUUCCCAACCCGCUACAUCAUCCAACCAAUAAAACAUUGCUCACCAAUUGGAAUACUCUGAUGCAUCCAACACCCCACUUGCUCCCACUGAUUCCUCUUCCCAUCGAACAUUUAACCAUCGCAGAACAAUCUUUAAUCCACUAAGCCUGGGAGCACCUACAUUUUCCUGUAGACAUUGUGGUGCUUUUUUUUUGGUAUGAAGAGCGUGUUCGGAGAGAAAGAAACACAUUAAAUCCAACAUAUAAUUUAUGUUGUAAAGGGGGCAGAAUCUUGUUGCCACCUUACCAGCCAUCCCCUCAGCUGCUUCUCAAUUUGUUGACUUCACAUACCACACCUCUUUCAAGACACUUCUUUGAACACAUUCGACAAUACAAUUCCAUAUUUGAAAUGACUUCAAUGGGAGCAAAGGUCAUCGAUUCCAUAAAUGAUGGUCAUCGUCCAUAUGUCUUCAAGAUCAGUGGCCAAGUUUGCCAUAGAGUAGGCUCUUUAAUACCAUCUGAAGGUUGCCGACCAGAAUAUGCGCAGCUUUAUAUCUUUGAUACAGACCAUGAAGUUUCAAAUAGAAUAAAUAUAACUUCAUCUUCACGUACUCCUUUUCAUGCUAACGAAGACAUUGUACACUCGAUAAUACAAAUGUUGGACACACAUAAUCCUAUCGUCAAACUAUUUAGAACAGCAAGGGAAAGAUUAUCGGAGAAUUCAUAUGAUCAGUAUAGCAUCAGGCUAUUUGGCGAUGUGGACGCACAUGGUGACAUCUGCAAUUUUUCGGUUGCAUCAGAGGUUGUAGGGCCGGUAGUUGGGGAUAUUGGGCACACUGAUGUUGGAAGGGAUCUUAUCAUAGAGGAUCGUUCUUCAAGCUUACAACAGAUUGAUGAAAGACACCGCAAGUUCAUGGCCAUGCAAUAUCCUAUCUUAUUUCCAUAUGGAGAAGAUGGCUUCCAUGAUGCACUCUUCUAUAAUCUGACCUCAACUUCUACAUCAAUGCGCCGUCAGAAAGCAACUAUGGCAGAAUACUUUGGAUAUAGAUUACAUGAUAGACCAAAUGAUUUUAACACCCCAUUGCGUUGUGGAAGAGGAACACAAGCUUAUGAGGUUGAUGGGUAUUGCUGUGUUGAAAGAGAACGAAUAGACCACUAUCGAACACCAAGUUUCCAACGAAAAUAUAGGUCAGCAACAUAUCAUUCUUUAGCCAACAAUGUUUCAAGUGGAGUUAGGUCUGCAUCUUCAGUUGGCCAAAGUAUUAUUCUGCCAGCUUCAUUUACUGGAAGCCCUCGCUAUUUGUAUCAAAAGUACCAAGACUGCAUAGGCAUUUGCAGAAAAUAUGGUUGCCCAGAUUUAUUUGUCACAUUUACAUCUAAUGCUGCUUGGCCUGAAAUUGCGGAGGCUUUACCUCUAGGGCUGCAUCCUUCUGACCGACCAGAAAUUGUUGAUCGGGUCUUCAAAAUGAAACUAAAUAUUUUAAUGGAUGAUAUAAAGAAAAAGAAUUUUUUUGGCUCUAUAUAUGCAUGUAAUAACUCAACUAACCUAUCUUUUCACUCAGAUUUCUUACUCUUAAUUAUACCGACCAAAAGGCAUAUCUACCCUUUUGCAGUUGUUUACACAAUAGAAUUUUAGAAACGUGGCCUACCACAUGCUCAUAUUAUUAUAUGGUUAGCAAAAGAACGACCCUGGGAUGCUGCAAUCAUAGACACAUUCAUCUCUGCUCAAUUGCCAGAUCCUACAAUUGAUCCAAUUGGAUAUGAUGUUGUUUCAGAAUUCAUGGUUCAUGGCCCCUGCGGUGCCCUUAGCUCAUAUUCGCCAUGUAUGUCUAAAGGAAAAUGCUCCAAAUUUUACCCAAAGAAAUUUUGUGAGCAGACCUCUAUCCUUGAAAAUGGUUUUGCCCAGUAUGCACGGCCUAACAAUGGAUUAGUUGUAUACAGAAAUGGAGUCGAUAUUGACAACAGAUUUAUUGUCCCUCACAAUGUGGAUUUAUUAGUCAAGUAUCAAGCUCAUAUAAAUGUAGAGCGAGUUAACCAUGAUGGUAUGCACAAAUAUAUUUUCAAGUAUGUGACAAAAUGGUUCAACUAUGCUCGAAUUGGAUUCCAAAUUAAUCCUUCUGCUCCAGGCUCAUCAAGUAACACAAUCAAUGAGAUAAACAAUUAUCUAGAAUGUCGCUAUGUGAUCAGAUUGGUGAAACAAUGGAUCACUUACUAGUAUCAUGUAUGUUCAGCAGGCAAUUAUGGUUCAGCAUUCUCCAACUUUUUGGGCUAGAUGCCGCUGCUCCACAGCUAGACGAUCUAACCUUCGUGGAUUGGUGGGUGAAAGCAAGCAGCAGAUUCUCUGGUCAAGAAAAGAAAGGCUUCAACUCCAUCAUUAUCUUGGGGGCUUGGCUAAUUUGGAAGCAUCGGAAUUCAUGUGUCUUUGAUGGAGGAAGACCUAACUUGGCCCAUGUCAUCUCGACCUUUAAGGAGGAAGCACAUCUUUGGGCAGUGGCAAGGGCUAGAGGAGUAUCCCAUCUCCUUGCCCUGGCUUCUGCAUCCUAAUCUUGUGGUCUUGCGGUCUGGUCCUACCUAGUUUUUGUUCUUAACAGACACCUUAGGUUUUAUAUUGUGGGCAUGUUACAGGCCCUCCCAAUCUUGUAACAGUUUUGUUUUUGGGGGCUCUUUACCCCCCCCCCCCCCCCUUCAUUCUUCUUAAUAUAUUGAUGCGCAGUUCUUCUGCGCAUUCGAGAAAAAAAAAGAAUGUCGCUAUGUAACACCAAACGAUGCAGCUUGGAGAUUGCUUCAGUAUGACAUUCACUAUUCAGACCCAUCCGUAGAGCGCCUACCUGUCCAUCUACCCCUUGAAAAUAGUGUUGUCUUUACAGAAGAAGAUGAUCUUGAAGAAGUCAUUGAAAACCCAAACAAUUUAAGGACUAAACUGACUAACUGGUUGGAGGCCAACAGCAAAUUUCCUACAGCACAACAGUAUACUUAUAUUGAAUUUCCUGAGCACUUUACAUGGCAUUCAAAUGGAAAAUAUUGGGAUAUACGUCGUGGGUCUCAAAAUAAGAUUAGCCGUAUAGCUCAUGUUAACCCUGCACAGGGAGACACUUAUUAUUUGCGCAUGCUGCUCCAUAUUGUCAAAGGUGCAACAUUUUCUCUGAAAUUCGAACUAUCGCAGGACAUGAGUAUCCUAACUUUCGUUCUGCAU